CUCCCUCCGCCUCAGGGCUUUGGGUGUGGGGCCGUAGAGUCGGGCGGAAUCUGAGGAAAGUCCACCUCUCCGGGUUUUACCAGCAGCUUGAGGAAGAGUAAGGAAAGUGCUGGGGAGGCUGUCAGCUACAACCCGUCGGCUUCAGAGGUAUUCUCCUCCCUUCACUGAACUGCUUUGUGUCCCUGGAGGCUGGCUCCUGUGCCCUGCAUCACCUGGGCUCCCUUGAGGCUGCAUUCUGAUUGGGUUUGGCCAAUGGGGGAACCCUCUCAGGAGACAGACGUACAGGAGGAGAGGCAGCAUGAUGUAGUGGAAAGAAUACGAGAUUCUGGAAUUAGAAAAACUAGGCAUGAGUCCCAGACUGCACUACCAGCUGUGUGACCCUGGGUCCUUACUGGAAGGCAGCAUGUCCAAUUUCACCUUGAGAAAAGCAUCUCCCACAGGAAACGAUAUGAAGGGUACCAAUCAGGGGAUCACAUUGAGGCAGCAGGGUUUUCAUGAGGUGAACAAAAGAAGGGCUUUGUUACAGGAUAACAGCUGGAUAAAGAAACGUCCUGAAGAAGAAAGAGAUGAAAAUUAUGGUAGGGCGGUGCUCCAGCGACAUAACUCCCAUGAUGCCUUGGACAGGAACACAGAUGAGAGAGAUGAGCCAAAAGCCACAAUCAGUCGGUACAGAUCUGAUGACACUUUGGACAGGAUCUCAGACAGAAAUGAUGCUGCUAAGACAUAUAAAGCCAAUACCUUGGAUAACCGACUAACCAACAGAAAUGGGUCCACGUUUCGAUCACCGGAAGCGACAAAGACGCAGCCUGGAGGUUUGUUCAGCGCAAAAGCCACCAACACCCCAGCUCCCACCGCUGCUACGACUCCUGUAAAGAAAAAGAGACAGUCCUGGUUUCCACCGCCCCCUCCAGGUUAUAAUGUCACUCCGAGCACAGGAUCAAGCAGAAGGGAACCAACUGUUCACCCUCCAAUACCUCCCAAACCCAGUUCUCUUGUUUCAUCUCCUAACCAGCUGAGGCAGGAUAACAGGAGUCAGGAUCUCGAGAACAUCGUCACAGUGGCCACUUCACUUCAGAAAGCUGACAAGGGUGAAGAAUUGGAUAAUCUCAUCAAAAUGAACAAAAGCUUGAACAGAAAUCAAGGUCUUGAUGGUCUCUUCAGAGGAAAUCUUAAGGCAGAGCCAACAGAGAAAAGAGCCAAAAGCCUUGAAAAUCUCAUCUUUGGGAAUCCUCAGACAGACAAAGAUGGCAAAGGAAAUCAAACUUUUGACAAUUUAGUUAAAGAAAACUCCAGAACAAUUAAGAAUGACAGAAGAAACCAAGACCUUGGGAGUCUUAUUAAAGUUAAUCAGAGGACUGACAAAAAUGGAAAAGUAAGUGAAGACCUUGAUAAUAUUAUCAAAGUGAAUCCCAGAGAAAGCGAAAACACCACUGGGAAACAAGACCUCAAUGGGCUUAUUAAAGUGAAUCCUGAAACAAAUAAAAAUAUCAAGAGGGGCCAGAGCCUUGACAAUCUCAUCAAAGUGAGUCCUGAAGUAAACAGAGGUAACCCACGUUCCAAAGACCUCGACAAUCUCAUCAAAGCGAAUCCAAGAACAGGAAACAACGGGCAAGGGGGCCAAAGUCUUGACAGCCUCAUCAAAGUGGCUCCUGAAACAAACAGAACUAACCAAGGGAACCGAGACCUGGACAAUCUUAUCAAAGUGAUUCCCUCAGCAAAUAAAAGCAGUGAACAAGGUCUUGAUAGACUUAUUAAUGUAAGCCUCAAAGCUGUCAAAGACACGACUGGAAAUCAAGAUCUUGAUAAGCUCAUCAAAGUGAAUCCGGAAACUCUCACCAACAACCGAAGAAACCAGGAUCUCGAUAACCUCAUCAAAGUGAACCCUGAAGUAAUCAGAAAUAAUCAAAGCCAAGCUUUGGACAGUCUUAUUAAAGUGAAACCUUCAGCUCUCAGAGACACAAAGCGAGACCAGAACCUGGAAAAUUUAAUUGAAGUAAAUUCAAACAUGUCUAAGAAUAAGAAUGGAAAGCAAGAUGGCCAAGUCAGUGGAUCUACUGAUGCUUUAAACAAUCUGUCCUCUAAAGCCAUUGCCUAUUCUUAUGAAGCCAAGAAGACUCGCAGCUCCAACGCCGAAACUAGGCAUGUGGGACCAAAGGACACUGUUGUGUACACAAGGACAUACAUGGAGAAUAGUAAAUCACCAAAGGAUGGCUAUCAGGAGAAUAUCUCUGGAAAAUACAUACAAACUGUUUAUUCAACUUCAGAUAGGUCUGUCAUUGAAAGAGAUAUGUGCACUUACUGUCGAAAACCCUUGGGCACAGAAACUAAGAUGAUUUUAGAUGAAUUACAAAUUUGCUGCCAUUCCACUUGCUUCAAGUGUGAAAUAUGCAAACAGCCUUUGGAAAACCUACAAGCUGGUGACAGUAUUUGGAUUUAUAGGCAGACAAUACAUUGUGAACCUUGCUAUUCAAAAGUUGUAGCGAAGUGGAUUCAGUAAUUCUGGAACAUGAAAAUCAAGAUGAAAGCAUUCAUUAAGGAAUUAAAAUGUUUCUUUUAAGAACAUGCAAUCUAGAAAAGCUUUUAUACCAACGAUGGACUCUUGUAUAGAAUUAAGAGUUCUGCUACUGCAUAAAUAAUCUAAUUGCCUUCACUAAGGUCACAAACAGAAAGGGAACCAUCUGGUAUCUGGUAAAAUUUAGUGAUGAAAAAUUCAAGUGGUUCCAGUUACUGAUAUCAAAGAAAGGAUGCUUCUGAUGGCAGUGAGUGUUGUCAACUUUGACCAGAUCCACCUCUGCUCUGUUAGGCUGUGUAUCAUGGUUUCCAUUAUAGACAAGUUUCCCAUUUUCUCACUUUUGUUUCCUGAAGAAUUUCAAUUUGCAGACAUUAUUGACAUCGUGACAAAACUGUUACAGAAGCAAGAUAUGUUUCCUUUAUAUACAAAAGAAAUAUUCAUAGAACUUUGACAGAAAGAUAAAUUUUGACAUAAUGUUGGAUGGACCUCAAAAAAUCACUUUAACUUUUUCGGAUUUCUGUGCUAUUAUUUGUCAUAUGAGGGGCAUUGGGGACAAUGAUUUCUAAGGUCGCUCUCUGCUCCAAAACUGUCAGACUCUAAAUCUGACUAGUUUUUGUUUUCUCUUUAGAAGCAUAGCUGAAUAUGUGUUUGUUAAGCAUAUUGAACUAGAUAGAAUAUCUAAACAAUUUAACCUUAGUGUCAUCCUUCCAUUUAUCACAGAUAUAAGUUUUAUAGAAUGUGUUUUAAGAACCGAAAGAUGUGUAUUUAUGGGAAAUGGGUAAAAGCGUAUGACUAGUUUACAUAUUAUAAUUUGUUAAGUUUUCUUUGCAUGCAUUUCAAAAUCUGGAUUUACAAAUAGUCUCUGAGAAACAAUGGUUAUGGACUACAAAGACAUGUUCCUUAGCACGUUACAUCUAUUCCUAUCACAUAGCACUUUAUACUUACAGAAGGCUUGUGAAAAUAAAACAGUUACACUGAAUCUUUGUGUGCAGUGUCUGUAUCACUCACUAACAUUCAUACUGUCAGGUAGAGUGAUCACAAUUUAUUAUAUUCUGUGCCAUGCUGCUUAACGUUAAUUUUUUAAGUGCUCAAGCUAUACCUUAUAUUUUUUAAGAGCUUUUUCUUAAGGAAUUGAAAAUUCAAUAAUCAUGUGGAGAACUAGCACUAUUACUAAAAUUGAGACAUUGAACUUAUAAACUAUUUUCUGUGCAGAUAGAAGCUGCUCUCAAAGAAGGCAUAUGGAACAUUGAGGGGGUGGAAUUCUAGGGAGUUUAAGGCAGUUGUGAAACACUGACAUAAACUAAGGAGAAUAAAAAAUAAUCACAUAUUUUCUAAAUGUUGAUAAAUGUAAAGAAUUAUUCUUCUGUAUAAUGAUUUCAAGCAUCUAUUCCUCUUGGACACUGGUCCACAAAGUGUUAAAUGCUAAAUGCUUGUCAAAAUAUGGCAAUGUGUAAUCAUUGUCCUAUGGAGAGGGAGCCAGAAAAAAACAAUUAAUAAUAAUUUGAUAUUCAUUAAUUCAUGCUUGAUGAGAAGCAGUGGUAAUUGAGCCAUAUGUUUUAUUGUUCUUUUAUUACAUGCUAUCAGAGCAGAUCAAAAGAAAUAAUUUUCUUAGAGUGGGAAUUCAUGGCAGAAAAGGACGAAUGGAAUAGUUUCCCUCCCUUUUAUAUAAAGUAUUAUCAUCUCAAUGCCUUUGUAGUAAUUAAAAAUCAUUUGAAUAUCAUUUUUAAAGCGUUCUCCAGUUUAAUGCUUCAUUUUAAAAAACCUAAAAGGAGCAUAAUUCUCACUUUUCUGUAGCUGUUUAAUGGACCCUUUCUUCUACAAUAAUGUAUUAAAUUAAAUCAAAAGCUGUUGUAAAAAUGGAAUAAAUACGGAGUGGAGAAUGAAGGGCUUCUGAUUCACCAAGUCCACUUCAUUAUGUCUGGGAUUAUUUGCACCAUGGGAAUGACAGAUUCCCACAACAAUUUGGAAGAUCUCAUUUUUUUUGCAGCCAACGAAUUACGUUACGAUUGGCAUACUCUUCCUGGACACGAUUGCCUAAAUCUCGGAAUACAAGGCCCUGAAUUUUAUUACUAAUUAAGAGAUGCAUCUAAAAAAUAAUUAAUUGCUCUACUUUGACAGUAUCCCUCUAAAAAAAAAGCAAAAUAAAACAUAUGUAGUGAUCUUGGAAACAGAAUUUAUUAAAAUCUCUUUAUUUCUUUUCAUAAGGCCAAGAAAUAAAAAUUUAUUUGAGAGGUAAUCUCUACAUCCCUAAUUGUUUGAUUGCAGUCACUCCUAUAAUUAGAUAAGAGUGAUGAGAUGGUCCAGUUCUCACAGUCGGUGCACUCUGUGACUUGUUUACUACGAUAGGAAAUCCUGAGUGCUUGGAACAUUUUCCUACUCAGCUUGAUUCAGAGCGCUACCAAAACAAGUGACUGUUUGGUCUACAUUGAGGCAAACUAACAAUGAUGAUGUUGAUUUUUGUUGUUGUUGUUGUUACUACUGAAAAUACUGGUUAUUUUUGUUCAAUGUAUAUAAAUUGUUUUUAGAGCUCCACGCAUCCCAAAGCAUUCAGCAGUUCCCAGAGGCACCAAUAAAUAUCUGUAUUAACUUGGGCAGGCCAUUUCCCUCAUGGGUCUAUUUUCUGACACUUAACUUGUGAGAUUUGGAACGUUGGCUUGCUGUUGUGCCCACCAGCUCAAACACUGCAUGGAUCUGGGAAUCUAUUCCUGCUGCUUGCCCCAUUCUUAAAUUUUCUCUUUUGCUAGAUGCCUGAAAGUUGUUGAAUGCUUUGUAUGUACUUCAGAAUUGCAUGUUGACUUUGUCGCAAUGCUAAUGUUGGGCACCAUUCUGAAUCUUAUUAUUGGAUCUUUGUCCUGCCAUUUGAGAAGUAUGGCUUCUGAGAUAUCACUGAAAUGUUCAGAUGCCUUCUAAGUUGGGUAAUGGUUUCUUUUUUUUUUUUU